AAGGCUGCGCCUGCGAACAAGGCUGGACUGGGUCAAAUGAAGAGCCAGAGCAUAUUCAAGCGGAAGAAGGACGAUGCGACAUCGGAGCAAAAGCCGGCGAAGAAAGUUAAGUUAUGAGUGAUGUUAUAGCGCUGGUCUUUUUAUAUGCAUAGCGCGGCGUCGGGGUCAUCAGGUUACGGAUAGGACAAUGGGGCUGGAUUGCCAGAUAACCCACAUACAAUAUAUCGGCACGCAGUGUAGCCGCUUUCAGCGUGUUCUGCAGUCCCUGAAGGCUAUCGCGACAUUUCGCGUUCGGGUGCACGCGUCAUACCAUGUCUGACUUAGCGUCGUUCGGCGCGUCUACAUCAUCGAGACGCGUCUUCCCUACCAUAUAUCUCCACAAACGUCUCCCGCCACUUCGAAAAUUUCUCGUUCUUUACUUCUUCGCCCUGCGGAUUCGUCGCGACCACGUUGAAACUCUCAUCUCCUGUCGCAAGCAUGUCUAUUCUCACCUUGUCGUCUCUCCCGGACCCCAUUCUACAUCUAAUAUGUGUCUACCUCGCGCCUGACCGACCCACUAUCAACGACGAUGAACACGGCCAAUGCCCGACCCUCUACCGUCCUAUCAUCAGCCUCUCCUUGACCGCACACUCACUCAAUCGCAUUUCCUCGAGAUACAUCGCGACCAACAUCAGUCUCACAGAUACAUGCGCGCGCUGGGAUCUGUUCCUACGCACCGUAACGACGAACCCUAUCUACGCGUCGAACGUCAAAUACCUAAGACUUAAAGAGAGCUCGGUCGAAGAAGAUAUUGGAAUGUCAAACGAAAACUCAGCUGAAGAAGAGAUUGAGAAAUCGCCUUCGAAAUACCAAUAUGAAUACAUCGCAGACAUGUUCAGGGCGUUGACUGGCUUAGAGGCGAUGUAUGUACAUUAUGGCAUAUCGGCAUAUGCUGCUCAUAUCGUACACUGUCUUACGCACAAGCCACUGCCGCUAUGGGAUACGAUACGAGUGGUGCGCUUUGAUAACACAAACGCCUGGGACGAGGAGUGCGUUGUGCAACUCGAUCUCAAGCGCAAAGAGGAAGGAGAAGAGGAAAGCACAUACCGCAAAUACACUACGGGGACAGAGCAACUCAAUGGGAACCUAGAAGGCUUGAACAUGACCAAAUUUCUCGAAAUUCCGAACGUUACUGGCGUCAUCGCCACAACUCGCGACUUCGAGAACGAUGGCGAUGACCAGGACGACGCGGACUGGGCGGACGAAGACGAGGAGGGAACAGAUGACGACAGCGAUGGGUGGAGUGAGCGCGACUACGAAGACGAUAGCGAAGACAGUGAUUGGGAUUCUGAGGAUGAGAGCGAUUACGAAGAUGAUUGGGAAGCUGAGUACGGAUUUAUUGUACCAAAGGCUGAACCGGUAAAAGAUCUACCGGUUCCGAACACUGCGGUUGUAGUUCCUGGCAAAAGUCUUCUAGAUUUUUGAGCCUGUGUGGGAUAUGCAGUUAUUUGAUUGCUGGGUAAAAGGGACUAGGUAUGGUUCUUCUGCUGUUUGUAUAUUAUAUUGUAUUACUUUGUUAGGUUUUUGGAUUCGAUCAGGCAUCGAAUCCAGCAACAU